GUACGAGGCUCUGAUGCAGCCAAUCUCGCGAUGACACGUGGCGUGCAGCGCGACAUGUGGCGGCACCAGUUCCCCGCCAGCUGUACCGGGCGGCGGCUGAUGCUGUCGCGGUGGCCCGGGCUGCACCAUGGGAUGGGGAGCAUGAUCCAUGUGGUGGGGGCGUAUCUGAGCAUUGCCAUGCGCAGCAACCGCACUCUAGUGCUCAUGCCAGGCACCUUUAAGCGAGCUGGGCGCGAGUGUGAAGACCUGCGCCAGGCGCAGCAGUGGGAGUGCUACUUCUUCCCCAUCGCCUCCCCUGCAUGUGUGCAAGAGGCCAUGGCAGCACAUGAGAGGGGGGAGGCUCCGGAUAUUCGAGGGGAUGACGUGCGAGAGAGCAUGCUGGCUGGCGACACACAGGUGGUCUACCUCGCACUCUCAUCGCUCUAUGGGGACGUUGAUGCUGCCAAACUGCAACUGGGCAAACCAUGGCUGGAUCGGCCUUACACUGUUAAACAGCAAAACUCCAUCCCGAGCAUGUACCCGGACUGGAUGAUGGCUCGGUGGUGGCGAGCUCAAGCCGCCCGUUUCUUGCUCCGCUGGCCGUCUGCUCAUCUCUGCCACGUCAUCAACCACGUCCGCCACGUCAGCUACGGCCGCCUCAUGGCCGAUCGUGUGGCAGCAGUCGCUGCCCAGCAGGCGAGCAUCAUCGAAUCGCUGAACGCCACCUCGGGUGCCAGCUCAGCAGCCACGUCAGAUGCCAGCUCAGUGGCCACGUCAGCUGCCAGCUCAACAGCAGAAAUAGGAGAUCCGCUGGACGAUCUGCUGCUCCUGGUUGCAGCCAAGGCACGGGAAACAGGGAGGGAGAUCCUUGCAGCGAAUGGCAGCGCGACACGUGUACAGUCGUUGCAGUCGCAUAUCUGGCCAAUGAAAGGGGUUACUGGAUGCUCAGGCAUGGAAAGUGGGCAGACGAGGGAGGGGGGAAGUGCGGACACGGGGGUGGGGGGGGGGGUGCAGAUGGUGCGGCCAGUGGUGAGCGUGCAUGUGCGGCUGAGUGACAAAGGGUCCGAGAUGGAUCUUCACCCGCUGCCGGCGUUCAUGCUCGUGGCUGCCCGGCUGAGAGCUCACCGGCCGGACCUGAAGCACGUUUGGCUGAGCACAGAGGUGCAGGUAAGAGGAGGGCGCGGUGAGGCCGGCGAUGCUUUUUUAUGCACCUCAAUGGUGCGGCCAGUGGUGAGCGUGCAUGUGCGGCUGAGAGACAAAGGGUAUGAGAUGGAGCUUCACCCUCUGCCGGCGUUCAUGCUUGCGGCUACCCGGCUGAGAGCUCACCGGCCGGACCUGAAGCAUGUCUGGCUGAGCACAAAAGUGCAGCUGCCAUUUCUCACGCAUUCAGCUGCCAUUUCUCACGCAUUCAGCUGCCAUUUCUCACGCAUUCAGCUGCCAUUUCUCACGCAUUCAGCUGCCAUUUCUCACGCAUUCAGCUGCCAUUUCUCACGCAUUCAGCUGCCAUUUCUCACGCAUUCAGCUGCCAUUUCUCACGCAUUCAGCUGCCAUUUCUCACGCAUUCAGCUGCCAUUUCUCACGCAUUCAGCUGCCAUUUCUCACGCAUUCAGCUGCCAUUUCUCACGCAUUCAGCUGCCAUUUCUCACGCAUUCAGCUGCCAUUUCUCACGCAUUCAGCUGCCAUUUCUCACGCAUUCAGCUGCCAUUUCUCACGCAUUCAGCUGCCAUUUUUCACGCAUUCAGCUGCCAUUUCUCACGCAUUCAGCUGCCAUUUCUCACGCAUUCAGCUGCCAUUUCUCACGCAUUCAGCUGCCAUUUCUCACGCAUUCAGCUGCCAUUUCUCACGCAUUCAGCUGCCAUUUCUCACGCAUUCAGCUGCCAUUUCUCACGCAUUCAGCUGCCAUUUCUCACGCAUUCAGCUGCCAUUUCUCACGCAUUCAGCUGCCAUUUCUCACGCAUUCAGCUGCCAUUUCUCACGCAUUCAGCUGCCAUUUCUCACGCAUUCAGCUGCCAUUUCUCACGCAUUCAGCUGCCAUUUCUCACGCAUUCAGCUGCCAUUUCUCACGCAUUCAGCUGCCAUUUCUCACGCAUUCAGCUGCCAUUUCUCACGCAUUCAGCUGCCAUUUCUCACGCAUUCAGCUGCCAUUUCUCACGCAUUCAGCUGCCAUUUCUCACGCAUUCAGCUGCCAUUUCUCACGCAUUCAGCUGCCAUUUCUCACGCAUUCAGCUGCCAUUUCUCACGCAUUCAGCUGCCAUUUCUCACGCAUUCAGCUGCCAUUUCUCACGCAUUCAGCUGCCAUUUCUCACGCAUUCAGCUGCCAUUUCUCACGCAUUCAGCUGCCAUUUCUCACGCAUUCAGCUGCCAUUUCUCACGCAUUCAGCUGCCAUUUCUCACGCAUUCAGCUGCCAUUUCUCACGCAUUCAGCUGCCAUUUCUCACGCAUUCAGCUGCCAUUUCUCACGCAUUCAGCUGCCAUUUCUCACGCAUUCAGCUGCCAUUUCUCACGCAUUCAGCUGCCAUUUCUCACGCAUUCAGCUGCCAUUUCUCACGCAUUCAGCUGCCAUUUCUCACGCAUUCAGCUGCCAUUUCUCACGCAUUCAGCUGCCAUUUCUCACGCAUUCAGCUGCCAUUUCUCACGCAUUCAGCUGCCAUUUCUCACGCAUUCAGCUGCCAUUUCUCACGCAUUCAGCUGCCAUUUCUCACGCAUUCAGCUGCCAUUUCUCACGCAUUCAGCUGCCAUUUCUCACGCAUUCAGCUGCCAUUUCUCACGCAUUCAGCUGCCAUUUCUCACGCAUUCAGCUGCCAUUUCUCACGCAUUCAGCUGCCAUUUCUCACGCAUUCAGCUGCCAUUUCUCACGCAUUCAGCUGCCAUUUCUCACGCAUUCAGCUGCCAUUUCUCACGCAUUCAGCUGCCAUUUCUCACGCAUUCAGCUGCCAUUUCUCACGCAUUCAGCUGCCAUUUCUCACGCAUUCAGCUGCCAUUUCUCACGCAUUCAGCUGCCAUUUCUCACGCAUUCAGCUGCCAUUUCUCACGCAUUCAGCUGCCAUUUCUCACGCAUUCAGCUGCCAUUUCUCACGCAUUCAGCUGCCAUUUCUCACGCAUUCAGCUGCCAUUUCUCACGCAUUCAGCUGCCAUUUCUCACGCAUUCAGCUGCCAUUUCUCACGCAUUCAGCUGCCAUUUCUCACGCAUUCAGCUGCCAUUUCUCACGCAUUCAGCUGCCAUUUCUCACGCAUUCAGCUGCCAUUUCUCACGCAUUCAGCUGCCAUUUCUCACGCAUUCAGCUGCCAUUUCUCACGCAUUCAGCUGCCAUUUCUCACGCAUUCAGCUGCCAUUUCUCACGCAUUCAGCUGCCAUUUCUCACGCAUUCAGCUGCCAUUUCUCACGCAUUCAGCUGCCAUUUCUCACGCAUUCAGCUGCCAUUUCUCACGCAUUCAGCUGCCAUUUCUCACGCAUUCAGCUGCCAUUUCUCACGCAUUCAGCUGCCAUUUCUCACGCAUUCAGCUGCCAUUUCUCACGCAUUCAGCUGCCAUUUCUCACGCAUUCAGCUGCCAUUUCUCACGCAUUCAGCUGCCAUUUCUCACGCAUUCAGCUGCCAUUUCUCACGCAUUCAGCUGCCAUUUCUCACGCAUUCAGCUGCCAUUUCUCACGCAUUCAGCUGCCAUUUCUCACGCAUUCAGCUGCCAUUUCUCACGCAUUCAGCUGCCAUUUCUCACGCAUUCAGCUGCCAUUUCUCACGCAUUCAGCUGCCAUUUCUCACGCAUUCAGCUGCCAUUUCUCACGCAUUCAGCUGCCAUUUCUCACGCAUUCAGCUGCCAUUUCUCACGCAUUCAGCUGCCAUUUCUCACGCAUUCAGCUGCCAUUUCUCACGCAUUCAGCUGCCAUUUCUCACGCAUUCAGCUGCCAUUUCUCACGCAUUCAGCUGCCAUUUCUCACGCAUUCAGCUGCCAUUUCUCACGCAUUCAGCUGCCAUUUCUCACGCAUUCAGCUGCCAUUUCUCACGCAUUCAGCUGCCAUUUCUCACGCAUUCAGCUGCCAUUUCUCACGCAUUCAGCUGCCAUUUCUCACGCAUUCAGCUGCCAUUUCUCACGCAUUCAGCUGCCAUUUCUCACGCAUUCAGCUGCCAUUUCUCACGCAUUCAGCUGCCAUUUCUCACGCAUUCAGCUGCCAUUUCUCACGCAUUCAGCUGCCAUUUCUCACGCAUUCAGCUGCCAUUUCUCACGCAUUCAGCUGCCAUUUCUCACGCAUUCAGCUGCCAUUUCUCACGCAUUCAGCUGCCAUUUCUCACGCAUUCAGCUGCCAUUUCUCACGCAUUCAGCUGCCAUUUCUCACGCAUUCAGCUGCCAUUUCUCACGCAUUCAGCUGCCAUUUCUCACGCAUUCAGCUGCCAUUUCUCACGCAUUCAGCUGCCAUUUCUCACGCAUUCAGCUGCCAUUUCUCACGCAUUCAGCUGCCAUUUCUCACGCAUUCAGCUGCCAUUUCUCACGCAUUCAGCUGCCAUUUCUCACGCAUUCCUCAUCCUGCCACGCAUGCGCAUCCUCCAAUAUGCCAGUCAGUCCAGUCCUCUCCAAUCUCCUUGUUUCUACCUUUUACUACAACUUUCUUUGUGA